AUGGCACUCUGGGUUGAUCGCUAUCGGCCGCGAGAGCUAUCAAAGCUCGACUAUCAUAAAACGCAAGCAAAUCAACUGAUCAAUCUGUGCUCUCAGGGCGACUUUCCUCAUCUGAUGUUCUACGGUCCUUCCGGAGCUGGUAAGAAAACGCGUAUCAUCUGUUUGCUUCGAGAACUGUACGGUUCCGGCGUUGAACGACUACGAAAUGAGGUGAUGAACUUUACGACACCAUCUAACAAGAAGAUCGAAAUCAUGACCGUCAGCAGUAACUAUCACAUCGAGGUUAACCCAUCCGAUGUGGGCAUUUACGAUCGCGUGGUGAUCACCGAUAUGAUAAAGCAGAUCGCCCAAACGCAGCAAAUCGACCCAUCGGGGCAGCGUGAGUUCAAAACGAUCGUUCUUUCGGAGGUUGACGAACUCACGAAGGAUGCACAGCAUGCGUUGCGUCGUACGAUGGAAAAGUAUGUGGCCACCUGCCGUUUGAUCUUGUGCGUUAACUCGACGUCACGCAUCAUUCCCGCGGUGAAGAGUCGUUGCCUAGGAAUACGUGUUUCUGCACCGACGGAGGACGAAAUUGUAUCCAUCAUGAAUUCAAUCUGCAAAAAGGAAAACCUCCAUAUCCCGCCAGAACUUGCCGUUGGAAUAGCGCAGAAAUCGGAACGCAAUCUACGCCGGGCCAUACUUUCACUCGAGGCCUGCAAAGUUAUGCAGUAUCCUUUCACCGCGAACCAGGAAAUCCCGGACAUGGAUUGGCAGACGUACCUCAAGGAAACGGCCAAUAUGAUAGUGCAGGAGCAAACGCCCCAACGCAUGGAGGUUGUCCGCGAGCGGUUGUAUGAGCUGCUGUCCCAAGGCAUUCCGCCGGACAUCAUUUUCAAAGGUUUGGUUCAAAUUCUUGUGAAGAAUUGCGACAUGAGCUUGAAAACGCAAACGCUUAGCUUUGCCGGAUUGUACGACCAUCGGAUGCAGCGUGGCAGCAAACACAUCUUUCAUCUGGAAGCGUUCGUGGCGCAGUUCAUGGCCCUGUACAAAAAAUUCCUCAACCAAAUGUCUGCAAUGGAUAUGGAUGAGUUUUAA